AUGGAAGAAGAGAAAGAAGCAUUAGAGAGCAUAAAAGCAUUAUUCAAGGACGCCUUUAUCAGGAACAGCUACUUAGAUGAUGAAAGCGUCACCAAUGAAGAGCUACUAACCCUAGAGGACCUUUCACCUCUCGAAGUAAGGAUCCCCCCUCAUUUGUCCAAUUUUCUAGUCUUUUUUUUAUAGGAUAAAAAAAAUUUUCAGGACCUCACUUGUCCCAAAAUCUCGUCAAAUAUGAUCUAGUCUUUUUUGAAUUUUUUCGAAUGUCCUAAAAUUUUAAUUUUUUACUUUAAAAAAACUAAAAAAUGAGACAAUUGAGGUCCUGAAAAAUAUUUUUUUUCCUAUCAAAAUUUUGACUAGAAAAUUGGACAAAUGAGGGUCUAAAAAAAUUUUUUUCCUAUAAAAAAAACUAGAAAAAUGGGCAAAUGAUAAAAGACUAGAAAAUUGGACAAAUGAAGGGAGGGGAUCCUUAUAUGAAAAUUUAAAAGAUCUCAUAACAAAUCUGCUUUUGUUUAAGGAAAACGUCAUAAAAUCCAACACUGAAACCACAAGCUUAAUUAAACGCACAGAACAAUUCGAAAAUAUGCUGCAGAAGCUGGAAGGCGAAGUCCGGGCUCACAUAAGGACCGAGCAGCAAUUGAAACUUCACAUUGAAACGUGCCAAUGCAAAAUUGACGAGCUGGAAAGAAAAAGCUUAAAAGACCGCCAGCUUAUUGAAACACAAACACAAGAUAUCGAGCAAAAAGCACAACAAAUAGAAAAACUUAGAAAAGAAAAACCUAUUUCUUCAGAUGAUGCCAGAAUCAGGUCAAAAGAUAUUGAAGACAAAUACAAAGACGAAAUUUCGAAAAUUGCUACACAGAGGAAACUCUCUUUACUUCAUGGAGGGAGUGAGCUAUUGAAGCCUAAUAAGGAAAAAGUGGCUUCAAAGAUAAAAAACACACAUGAGAGAAGUGAAAAAUAUGCGUAUUUGGUCUAUGACUUUUGCUUAAUUCUCACUUCAUGAGCUGAGCAAAACCGUUGGAAAAAUCCUUUUUUUGGAAAAAAUUGUGAGCGAUAAAUUUUUAUAAAAAAAUAUUUAAUAUAAGUGGCAACUAUUAUGGUUAAAUCUCGAUCGAAAUUUAAAAAUUAAACUAUUUUUCCUCUCUAAUUAAGAUUUAUUUAUAUUCAAAAAAAUUAUAAGAGGGAGCAAAAGAUUUUUGCUUACUCACAGAAAGGAGGAGUGAGGGUAAUUUUCUUGGUAUUAUUUGUUUAAUUUUUGACAAAAAUCCAUUACUUUUACUUGGCUUCCAACUAAAAAAUUUGGCAAAUAUUUUCUAAAAAAUGCCUGCCAAGGAAAAAACUUUUGACUAAUGACCUGCUACGAUGUAUUUAAGAUCACUUCUCGACCAAAAAAGCAAAGAAUGCGAUCAACUAAGAAAAGAUUACGAAAAUUCUAACGAAAAAAUUAACGACAUUCGAGAGCAGCACAAGUCUAAAAACCCAAUCAGUAUGCUUCACCCAAAAUUCAAAUCAAUGAGCUCAAGACAUCCUGGAUCUGGAGGAAAACUCAGUCGAAACUCCUCCACAAAAACAAUGUGCGAAGUAAUUGAUUUAUUUAAAAAAUCAGACUCAGCGCCUUUUUUUAAAAAGGAAACCCAGGAUAAUUUGAACUCUGCAAGAAAAAAGCGGAAAGAAGGCAAGCACGCAAGGAGUAACUCUGAUAACUUCAAAGCUAUGUUAAUCGCUAAAGAAAACUAA